AUGGGUUCUAUCAGCGCUGGCCCUGCCGAUAGCAGCAAUGCCAUCAAGUCGACCGCCCCUCUCACGGGUGCCAAACGGCUCCGAGAAUUGUUAAAAGACCCGUCGAAUCUUGUCGUAUGCCCUGGGGUGUUUGAUGGUUUGUCCGCUCGCCUGGCUAUUGCUGCUGGGUUCGAUGCCCUGUAUAUGACAGGCGCAGGGACUUCGAUGUCGAGACUAGGCUGGGCCGAUUUGGGGAUGGCAACUCAAAACGACAUGCGCGCCAAUGCAGAGAUGAUUGCCUCGCUUGAUCCUUCUGUGCCAUUAAUCGCAGAUGCAGAUACUGGCUACGGCGGACCGAUCAUGGUCCAGGAGAAAAGAUGUGGCCACCUCUUGGGCAAACAAAUCGUUGAUCGCGACAUCUACUACAGCCGCCUACGAGCUGCAGUCGCAGCCCGGGACCAACUACAAUCCGACUUACUGAUCAUCGCACGGACAGACGCCAACCAGACGUACGGAUUCGACGAAGCGAUCGAGCGUCUCCAAGAGGCGGUGCGGAUAGGGGUCGACAUCGUGUUUUUCGAGGCCAUCAAGACCAGAGAAGAAGCCGUGGAGAUCUGCCAAAUCUUCAAGGAUGUUCCCGUGCUCCUGAAUGUUGUCCCAGGUGGUGUGACGCCUUUGUCGACUGUCCAGGAGGCCCGCGAAAUCGGCUUUCGAAUGGUCAUCUAUCCCGGUCUUUGUCUUGAGCCGUUCAUACGAGGUGUGACGAAGGACUUGGAGGUCCUGAAGAAGACGGGAAAGCCGUCUGAAGCGGAUCCUGAUAGCGGCAUCAAACAUGCUUUCAACCUUUCGGGCCUGCAGGAGUGUAUUGCGAUUGACAAAUUAGCGGGUGGAAAGGCUUACGCUGGUGUAGGGAAUUGA